AUGUCUAUUGCCGUCAUUGACCACAGCGAUGCUGGCUGUCGAGGAGGGUCAGGGUAUCAAUCAACCCCCCUGGGCCACGAGCAGAGUACGCCACCACCACGGCCCAAAAAGCACCACCAACAGCAGCCAGAAAAGAAGAAAAAGGGAGAAGAGAGGACUCACCAUGUUGGACUGAGACUUGAAAUGAUACGGACAGACGGAGACGAGCUGGUCAGCGUGGGCGUUGGUGCUGGUGCUGGUGCUGGUGCUGAUGCUUGGAGGUGCAGAGAAAAGGGAUGGGUGGACGAAGGGCAGACGCAGACCAGAAGCAGGGCAGCAGAAGAUACACGAAGACGGCACGGCUUACCUGGUGAGGGUGAGGGUGAGGGUGAUGGUGAGGGUGAUGGCUAUGCUGGUGGUGAGGGUGAACAGCAGCAGCAGCAGCAGCAGCAGCAGCAUCUCCUGCUGGCUCUGCGUCCUUCCAUUGCUUCUUCGGCCGCGUCUGCUUCUUCUUUUCUUCUUCGUGGCGAGUCUGCGUCCUCUUCUGCUGCUGCUGCUGCUGCUGCCUCUGUCUCUGCCUCUAGCUGGCUGCUCGACCAAAUCUGCGCCCCUGGACCCAGAACGUGA